AUGACAAUUCCGCCUGCCUUGUAUGUUUUUUAUUUUAUGGAUUUCAUUUGACAAGAUAAGAAUCUAGAAGCAAAUAUCAACAACGUAUUCUUUAAGAAAAUUUGCACUCCAUGUCGCAAUCUCCUCGCGUGCGGCGGAGGUGUUGCUCCCCCUUUGAUGAAGGAAUUGCCUGACAUCCGUGAAUUUAUAAUUCCGGCGUAAUUCAGUGCGGUUGCAAUUGGCUGAAGUAAUCUGUUGUCUACAUCGCGUCUAGGUUUUUUCCGACACAAUCUAGGGAACCUUAGUUUUGGUCACUUUCCUUCAUAGGAUCCGAUGAUCCAACCAUGUUUAUAUAGAAUGAGCGAACCAGUUACAUUGACCUACUGUUGUUAGAUGACCUCUCUAAGACAGAUGAGGCUACACCAGUGAAGCUCGAGAAAUGUUUCAGUACAACAGAGACGAAGAUCACGACGCAUUUAAAACAGCCUCGCUGGAUCAGUUCUGGUGUUAGCAGUUGGCGAUUUUUUGACACGCUUGGAUUCCAGGGGGUCCUCAAAUAUACUUUCAUGCUGAGCCCGUCUAUGCGCAUCGGUAUUAUUUUGCGCCCAAAUUGGGGUAUCUAGACUUGGCUGCCACGUCGCAAUUACUGUCGCUGGUAUUGACAAUGAAACCGUACAUACAGAAUCAGCUUCUGCAUUUUACACGUGUCGAAAUUCGUCAGGAAACUGAAUCAAUCAGUACAGUUCAACUGACUACGCAGCCAUUUUGCGAUUAAAUAUAGUCCAGGAAAAAUGUUCAAAAUGUUUCAAGAUCUGACUUUAUCUGAAGUCUUUGAGUCCCGCAAAAGAUCGAGUACUUUCUUGAUCAAAUCCAUAAAAUGUGUCAAUUUUUAAGUGUCUUUGAACGAAUAUAAUAAUUAUUUGCUCACUGAGUCUUAAAUAAUUAUCCUCCUUCAUCGAAUACAACCCGAAAUAUUAGUUUUAAACCCGAAGAAAAUGAACAUAUCUACACCCUUAUCUUAAUUUCUAUGGACUCUUAGAAAGGUAAUAGUAACGGUAUGACCAGUUCGGGCAUUUCGUUAGAAGGAAAGUUAAGUGAGACGACCUUCGCAUCCAAGAUGUUCACUUGCUUUCAUUACGUCCCAAACCAAUGACCAGCAAAGUCCGCCAAAAGCGCAAUUACGGAGAGGAGUGCGGGAUACGAGAAUUGACCCUGCGUUAUGUAUGUCUAUAUCCCAAUCGAAGUCGAAAAAAUCAAGAACGUGCUUGCAUACUUAAGAACGCUUGUGCAGUAGAAAACUGAUGACUUGAAGUAGAUUGCCAUUGUUGGAGUCAAAAAGACGCAGUGUAUGAUGUAGAGAAUCCAAAAUAAUGCAGUCUUGAGAGAGCAUCAAAGCACGGCUAACGACACAGAAAGUACAGACGAACGUACCAGUAACAGUAGAAUGACUGCAGCGAAGGCUCGGAUAAAGGCGGACUCGAUUUCUAGGCAAGACGGCCUCAGCGAUGGCAAAAAUAUUACCUGUCACUGUUGCCACCUCAUCUGCUCCAUUUGACGGAAAUGACGGAGUUUUCCUUUGUGCCAAGAGAUUAUAUAACUAGAUCGCCCAACACAACGUUGCCCUCGUGUUGUCUAAACUACCUCGACUCUCUACAGAGCACAUAAUUUGGUGCGAAGUCGGGAACUCGUGGUUAGGGAGAUGGGAAGACGUUAUUGCAGGAGUCCGGAGUCCCAAUAAACCUUGGUGUGGGCCUCGGGACAUUUAUUAGACAACAAAAAAUCGAAGCAAACCGACAAUUCUGUAAACCGCCCUUGUCCUCAUACACAGAAUUCACCAAAAAAUCAAAGUAAAGAGCAUUGAAACCACCACGGGCGUCUGGUUGUUAAUCGCUUGUCUGCACCGGAUGCACUCCGACAUGUCGGACGUGUAUCAGAGGAACAUACUCACCUCCACAGCACCAAACUAUACUCGCCGCACACGACUCCACUGUCCAAACUGCACCCUCACAUUUAUUCACCGCAUGGGUCUAUUAGGCCACAUGCAAGUCCACGCAAACCUGCGGUAGACGACCGCCGACAAAACCAAACCACCAAAUUCUCCCUCACCAGUAUGUCACCGCACAUCAAUAUCACCCAUCGCAAUCACCCAACUGUUACCUCGCACGCAAGUAGGAAGUGUGCGUCUCGGCUACUUCUCCAUGCUGCGACCCAGAUGCAUGUGUGAACGGAGUAUGAGACAAAGACGGCGCAACGAACGCCGUGGCUAGGAAGGCCGCCGCCACUGCCACUGCCGAGAACGCCUCCGCGGAGAACCGCUGGUGUCAGCUGCGAGACACGGCCCAGUCGACGGCGCUCGCCGUCCUCGGUUGCGCUCCCCGCCAACACCAGGACUGGUUCGACGAUAACGACGCCAUCAGAAAUCUGCUUGCUGAGAAAAACCGCCUACACAAAGCCUACGCAGAUCACCCCACUGAUGCCACCAAAGCUGCCUUCUACCGCAGUCGCCGCCAACUGCAGCAACGACUGCACGAGAUGCAGGACGCCUGGACUGCUCGCAAAGCUGAGGAGAUCCAAGGGUACGCAGACCGCAACGAAUGGAAGAACUUCUUCUCUGCGAUCAAAGCUGUCUACGGUCCGCCGACGAAGGGCACCGCUCCUCUCCUCAACGCCGACGGGAACACUCUCCUGACUGAGAAGACGCAAAUCCUGCAGCGAUGGGCCGAGCAUUUUCGAGGCGUCCUCAACCGUCCCUCCGUCAUCUCCGACGCCGCCAUCGGGCGUUUGCCGCAAGUGGAGACCAACGUGGACCUCGACCUCCCGUCAUCUCUCCAAGAAACCAUCAGGGCCGUGCAGCAGCUCUCUUGCGGGAAAGCACCCGGAUCGGACGCAAUCCCUGCUGAGGUCUACAAGCAAGGAGGUCCCCAACUGAUGGAUCACCUGACUGCGCUCUUCCAGGAGAUGUGGCGUCAAGGUGAAUUCCCGCAAUAUUUCAGAGACGCAACAAUCGUGCACCUGUACAAUCGAAAAGGGAACCGCCAAAUCUGCGACAAUUACCGUGGCAUCUCCUUGCUGAACAUCGUCGGGAAGAUAUUCGAUCGCAUCCUUCUCAACCGCCUCAUCGUGGGACCACGGAUAUGAUUUUUGCCGCCCGCCAACUACAGGAGAACUGCCAGGAGAUGCGGACCCACCUGUACUCUACCUUCGUGGACCUGACGAAAGCCUUCGACACGGUGAAUCGUGAAGGACUGUGGAAGAGCAUGCAGAAAUUCGGCUGUCCGGAGCGAUUCAUUCAGAUGGUACGUCAACUGCACGACGGUAUGAUGGCGCGAGUCACGGACAAUGGAGCUGUCUCAGAGGCAUUUGCAGUGACCAACGGAGUAAAGCAGGGAUGCGUGGUGGCGCCUACCCUCUUCAGUCUUAUGUUCUCUGCCAUGCUGAUGGACGCCUACCGCGACGAGCACCCCGGGAUCCGCAUCGCCUACAGGACGGACGGUCACCACCUGAAUCAACGGCGGAUGCACUUCCAAUCGCACGUAUCCACAACCACCGUUCACGAGUUUCUCUUCACCGACGACUGCGCCCUGAACACCACCUCGGACGAGGAGAUGCAACGGAGCAUGGACCUGUUCUCCGCGCCUGCGAGAACUUUGGGCUGGUCAUCAACACGUAGAAGAUGGUGGUGAUGCAUCAAACGCCACCCAACUCAGCCACACCUCUCAACGAACCGCAAAUCAGUGUGAAUGGGACCCACCUGCAAGUGGUGGAGAACUUCCCGUACCUGGACAGUACCCUCUCCCGCAACACCAAGAUCGAUGACAAAGUCGCCAACAGGAUCUCAAAAGCCAGUCAAGCCUUCGGCCGCCUCCAAAGCACAGUUUGGAAUCGUCACGGUCUUCAACUGAGCACGAAGCUAAAGAUGUAUAAGCCCGUCAUUCUGCCGACGAUGCUGUACGGCGCGGAAACUUGGACGGUGUACACGAGGCAGGCACGUCGUCUGAACCACUUCCACCUCAGUUGUCUUCGUCGCAUCCUGAGGCCGAAUUGGCAGGAUCGAAUCCCCGACACUGAUGUACUAGAGCGGACGGAAAUCCUCAGCAUCUACACCAUGCUGAGACAAAUGCAGCUGCGCUGGAGCGGACACCUGGUGCGCAUGGACGACAAGCGACUAUCCAAACGACUCUUCUACGGAGACGUCGCGACGGGUUCUCGCCGCCAAGGUGGUCAAAUUCGUCGAUACAAGGACACUCUGAAGUCCUCCCUGAAGCUACUGCAAAUCAACCCGACCAACUGA